GUCAAAACCCAAGCCGUCAUGCCCCGCCCUAAUACGUAAAUGACGGUUGCCACUGACGACCACGUGAAGCUCUAUUCUGUAGGAGAUUUCAUCUUUGAACAAAGUGACUCUUCGCUCAUCAUUUCCAUUCAGUAUAAGGUGUAAUGGUAUCUGUGGAGGUAGGGUACCGGGUUCAUAUCAACUCUCUCCACUUCCCUCAAGAUUGAUUCCUGAGGAGUUUGGAAACCAUCUAGUUGUUAUUGACUACUAAAACAGCAACUUUACAAUCACAGGCACACUUGGUAUUGUUACUCAGCAUUAAAACAAGACACGAAAACUGAAGACAACUUCCAAUGCCUUUCAUGCCCUCUGAUGUGUCAAAAGAAUUUCGCAUAAUCUUGACCAACUCUUUCUAGAGCAUAAGGGCGUCAACAAAAAGAGUGACACGAUUACCGAGGGGGAAAAUUCACUCAUGCUGUUUUAAAAGAAGGAAGUUGUUCCUGCCUGCCAUCAUUUAUCAAGAUGGCUCUUCUUGACGAUCCAGCGUUUAUUAUCUCGCACCUCCGUCAUUCAUUCAUCACUAGCGAUGACACAGGAAUGUGUGAGAUGGCCAUCAUGAAUGAGGACUUGGACUGGAAGGAGCGGAAACAGGAAGCCCUAGAACGGAGGAAGAAACCCUGGUCACAGUAUUACAGCGCAGACCCUGACCAAGAAGAUCUGGACAUUUUUGGUGAAUCUUAUGAGAUCGAGGCAAGUUCGGAGUAUGGAUUCCGUCAGCGAUCCAACACGGCCGUCCGCUUGGAGAAACUACGCAGCGACCGCAUGGCGCAGAAGAAAUGCAAACGUAUUCAGUGGAAGGGAGAAGCAUAUAUGGAGUUUCCCGAGGAAGACCUUGACGAGUUGUUCUCCAAAAAGAAAUUCCUGAGGAAGAGGGUAGACCUCUCUGAUCGGCGUCGAUCGAUUCUGUCGGCACAGCUGGAGCAGAAUCCAAAUCAAGCCAACAAUCCCUUUUCUGAGUAUUCAAAGUUUGAUGGCAAGGCUCAUUCUGGAGGCUCAAAUAUUAAGAAGAUUGAUAUCUACUUAGCAAUGUGUGAAGGGGACGCCCGUGAGUUUCCACUGACUAUUUACAUUAUGGGUAAUGCCAAGGUGCUGGACCUCAUUGGUCUGAUAUGCUGGCACUACACCAACGAUGGGUACCAGCCAAAGCUAAGAGAGAACGUGGAAUCAUAUUGCCUGAUGAUCGCAGAGGAAGAUGGUGAAGUAGAUACAGACUUUCCAGCUCUGGAUAACAGGGAAGCCUUCUCUAAGUUUGGUUUCAAUACGCUGGCUCUGGUACCCUUAGACAUGCCCGAGGAUGACAACAGUGAGGAAUCCAAGCCAGAGGGAUGUGUCAUCAAUAUAAAAUCCUCCGACGGUGAAUCCAAAGUGGCCGUUGACAACCUUAACACCACGUUACGGGAGAUCCUGGUGCGCGCAUUACGCAAACGAAAAGGCGUAAUACCGACUGCAGGACCUGACUACAUAUUAGAGAGAGAUAACCAACCAGGUGUAGCACUGGAUCUGGACACCAGGCUAUGUGACAUGACCUCGUUUGACCUCGUCAUGGUGCGGGAACACAGCAAACGAGAAUAUCCCAAACCAGAGAGAACAAGGCAUGUAUCCACGGCUGAACCACCACUGGUACUCAGCACUCAGUAUAAAUCCUAUAGAAUCAACAUGCUGCAUAGAUUGAGACCAACUACUGAGAUUCAGUUAGGGGUGUCUGGUGACAAGAUUGAGAUAGAUCCUGUCUCCCAGCCCAAAACGACCGCAGCCAAGUUCUGGAGCAGUAAACAGAAAGCUGUUUCCAUAGAUACAGAUCGGUUGGCAGCGUGUGCCCUCACGGAUGAAAAACCAUCGGGUAAGACAGUUUUCCGUUUAACCUACAAGAGCAUUAGUCAUGAAUUCAAGCAUCGAGACUUCGAGACGAACCAUUCAUCUGCCAAGCAGAUCGUCUCCAAAAUCAACCAGAUCCUGGAGCUUCGAGCCAGCGCUGUACGCAACGAUUACACAAUAUGGAAAGACAGAAGGCACAGCACCAAACGGCAUCACGAUAGGUGAAGUGUUGGUCAGAAUUCCUGAGGAACGUCGUUAGAAAGCAAAAUUUAUCACAGUAACUUGACCUGGGCCAAAUUUCAUACAGCUGCAGGAAAAAGUUGCUGAACAAUUAAUUUCUUGCUUAGCAUGAAUGAGCAGGAUACCAGUCAUUGUACAUACCACAUGGUAUUUUGGGUGGUAACCUUAUUCUGGUAAGCAAAUAUUUGGUGCUUAGCUACUUUUUGUGCUUAAGCAGCUCUAUGAAAUUGGGCUUUGUUUUCACACAACUCAUCUUAAUUCAUUCUGCACUAAAUAUAAGCAGCUUUAUGGUACAUGAUGAACUACACCCGCAACAUUUCACCAUUUAACUUGAGAAUUUCAAAGUGGAAUUGUGGCAAAUGAUCUUAUGUAGGUAGGUAGGAGACAAGUCGAUGAACACCCAUACACAAUUCUGAAUGGAUGUGUAUGACACAAUGGUGCCAGGGUUUGCUCAUCUGGAGGUUGCUUUACAAAAGCUUGCACCGAACAAUUUGAUAUAGCAACUGUCUCUUCAGUCUGAGGAAUUCAAAUGUAAGCGGUACAUUGUGCCUAAGCAAGUCAUUGUACCAGACGUUAUUCAAAUCUUACUUGGAAAUGGCUGAUUGAGUUACCAUAGAGUGUGGGGAUUUUGGAGGAUAGGGACUUUAGACACAAGGGGGUUAGGGUGAGCCUAAUGUAUGAAUAAUCAACUUCCAUUAUCAAAUACCAACUUGUGAUUGACAAAUUAUAAUGUUAUUUGCCCUUGGGCAAGAGAGCUUCUGUAACAGAUAGUUGUAUGGUACAUGACUCAGCAAUAUUUGCCAUUCAUAAACAUCAUUUAGUGUUGGUGUUGGCUACACAUGUAGCGAGUCUGAGUAUAUCAAGCAACUUGUGAAUUCAAACAAAGGAGAAACUUCUGUUGACUUAUAUGGAGAGCAUAAACUGGACCAAAACUAGGACCGUAUUUGUGUACUUUGUGUUACCUAAUAGAUGAAAAUUUGCAUCGGGAUACAAAAUGUUAAUUUUGGUUCUACCCAUGUACAUCGAUAAAGUACUAAGUAUACAGUGCUAAGACACAUUGGUGUAUAUGAGUAAAACCAAAAUGUAUAUACUUUGUUAUUGUUUAAUGAAAUGAGAUAUUUAUGGUCGGCUUUGCUUACUUAAAAAGUGGGGUGUAUAAAGAAGAAAAAUUGUUUAAUGUCUGGAAGUAGUUCUUCUGUACAACUGAAAUAAGACAUUUUGAUGUUAUUUUAACAUCUGUUGGUAGACUUGAUUUUCAUUAAAUAUGGUCAUUUUUUUUAUCAUUUCUGCGCCUUGAUCACCACCUUAGAUUGUCUUGAACCAUAGUCUGCCCUAAUACAUAACUCAACCUAAUGGGGGUUAGACAAGUAUGGCCAAAUCUCAACUUGAUUCCGAUCUCUGUUGACUAUAAAGAGUGAGAGAAAGAUAACCACAGUCUCCAAUUCGGACAUGGCCUAAUUAUUAGUCAUUACCCGUACAAAAUGGCAAAGUCAAGAUUACUGUGGUAUGGUGCCCUGGGAUCAAAGGCACAAUAUCUAUGUGGACACUAGCCUCAUUCAAAGUUUUUUAUUUAACUCUUAGUUUAGGCUCUGUCUCCAGGCUCUGUUUGUUGUUGGAAACCCCAUACUUUUCCAAAGUUGAUGAUGGAGCCUUAGCGGGAGUCUAAGCCCUGCCGUCAAUUUCACAAAACUCUUCCUAACUUAGGAUAAAUCUUAAGACAUAGGAAGAGUCCCAGCCCUGCACU